CAGGCUGCACGACCUCUUUUACCUGCAGGGCGGUCCAGGGCAAUGGCAGCCACUCCUUGUCACAGUGGUGUGGCCUGGUCUCGCCACUCGUGCUGCAGGCCAAGCCACGCCCCCAGUUCGCCAUCAUAGGCCAGUUCAGCACACUCGCAGGGCGGCGGCCUUUACAGCCAGCAUAGCAUGCCCAGCCGCUCAAGGCCGCUGGGUCCGGCACCCGCCCCUGGGUCUUUGCUGCCUCCCAAUGAGAAGCUGCCCAGCAGCGAAACACACUGUCUGAGGGGGCACGAGGGCCCAGUUCUGGCGGUGCGGUUCAACAUGCAGGGCACCUACUGCCUGUCCUGCGGCAAGGACCGUACCGUGCGGCUGUGGAACCCGCACCGCGGCAUCCCCAUCAAGGUGUACACAGGGCAUGGAUACGAUGUUCGCGACGCGGCAGUUGUUUCCGAUAACAGCAAGUUUGCCUCGUGCGGCGGCGAUCGUCAAGUGUUUCUUUGGGAUGUCUCCACCGGCAACAUCAUCCGCAAGUUCCGUGGGCACGAUGCCUACAUCAACACACUCUGCCUCAGCCCCAACAACGACGUGCUGGUGAGCGGCGGCUAUGAUGCUGCUGUCAAGGUAUGGGACUGCCGCUCUCGCUCCAUCGACGCCAUCCAGGUGAUGAAGGACUGCCGAGACUCGGUCACAUCUGUCGCAGUGACGGAACGUGCCGAGAUCCUAGCGGGCAGCGUGGAUGGCAGCCUGCGGCGGUUUGACGUGCGCAUGGGUCGCCUCUUCACCGACGAGCUGCACCACCCCAUCACCUGCGUCAAGGUCAGCCACGACCACAACUGCGUGCUAGCAGCUUGCAUGGAUGGCACGAUCCGGCUUUUGGACAGGGCAGAUGGCGACCUGCUUGCGGAAUACACAGGCCAUAAACACGGCACCUUCAAGAUGGACUGCUGCUUCACUCCCUCUGAUGCAUAUGUUGUCGGGUCAUCGGAGGAUGGGCGGGUGCUAUGCUGGGAGCUGGUCGAUGCGGAGCUGGUGCAGUCGUUCCAGGCGCACACGGACGUUGUCUGCAGCCUGGCGGUGCACCCCAAGGGCGACUGCCUGCUCACCUCCUCCGUAGAUGGCACCAUCAAAGUCUGGACGUGA